AUCAACAUGGAGUUCAGUAAUGUUAACAUCCACUGCCCUUGACGCUUUUCGUCAGCGUCAUCAUCAAUUCCAAGCCAAAUCAAUCAUAUCCAUCUCAUCUAUCGGACACAAACAAUGGAGGACAUGGACCCAAACUCAAGCCGCUCCGCGCGGCUCAGCACCGCCGAGCGGAAACGGCUUACAGACCGCAAAGCCCAACGCCAACGACGAGAGCGCAUCAAGACGUACAUUGCCCGUCUGGAACAGACAUUAGAGGAUCUGACCGCGGCAUCGGGGGGCGGCAUGGAGGCCACCCUCCUCAAGCAACUGGAGCAGCAGCGUUCAAAGACAGAGCGGCUCACAAACGUAAUAAACCACAUCCACGAAGUCCUAGAAGAGACGCGCGGCUCGGCAUCACCAACGCCGGAAACACCGCUCUUAACACAGGGUGAAUCAAGCAUAUCUGCUCCCUCUUUACCGCCGUCUAUACCGAGGCGGCUGGUAAACCCACUGGAAGAGAAUAGCAACAAUAACAACAAUAACAACAAUAAUAAUCAUAAUAAUAGACGGGCACCAUUUACUAUCAGCGCAGACCUGGCAACACGGAUCUCACUGCACAGCCAGAACCCGAGUAACAGCGGGACGAGGAAUUAUUUUGAGAUCGUCAACGAGACGAUUGCAAGUGUGUGCAAGGAGCAGAACUCGAUUAUUCCGUCAACGACGGCGGAUGAUGACGACCUGGCGAUCCGGGCGAUCCUGCACGGCUGGGAUUCAGUUAGGGAUGGCGGCCGGACCUUAGAUCGUGUGUGGGGUCUCCUGCAGGCGCUGGAUCAGGGGAUCUUCUCAGAGACGGGGAUGGUUGAGCGCGUGGCGGUUUUGCGACUGAUGCGGUCGAUGAUUAAGUGGAAUCUUUCGCCGAGAGAGCAUACGAUUCCAUCAUUUAUGUUUCCAACAGUGACACAAAGCAUGGUUCCUCAUGCCCCGAUAAUCGAUUUCUUUGCAUGGUAAGCCCGCGCGUGCUCCGGCUUAGCGAAGUAUGCUAAACAGAGCAGGCCAAACUUGAGAGAUCAUCUCAUCGUCUCCGGUAUCACAAACAUC